GUUACCUGCCGGCACAGCAUUUAUCUACAACUGACAUAUUUGAUCUGCUGAUCUGAAAGCAGCUUUAUUCUUUGAAUGGACUGUAUUAUGUGAUUUCUAUGAUCACACCACAUUCGAUAAAAAUUAGAUCCACUUAAGUGUCGAUUUUUAUUUGUAUGCUAAAAUCAAAAUAUGAUUUUCUAAAUUAUAGAAGGAUAACUUCUCUACAUUUUGAUAAAUCUGAAAGAGCACAAUGAUGCAAUCAGCCCAAUCAACGCUAUGCAGCAGUUCAAAUCUAUAUCAUCAGCUUAUGCAGCGAGAAUUGAACUUGUGGCCACUACGUAAUCCCCGAAACUUUUCAGGGCGUUUAUAUACGGAGCGUUAUCGUGUUGCAAGGAAUUUAUUCAAGACUGAUUUGCGAGCUCACUAUGGUUGUGUUAAUGCAAUCGAAUUUUCGCAUGGUGGAAGUUAUCUUGCGUCAGGUGGCGACGACAAGCGUGUUCUUAUAUGGGAUGUUGAGAAAGCUAUCGCUCAUCAUGGUCGGCCGAGAGUUUUGCAAACCGAACACACCAGCAAUAUAUUCUGUUUGGGCUUUGAUCGUUGCAAUCGAAUUGUAUUGUCCGGGGGCAACGACGACCUGGUAAUAGCACAUGACUUUGAAACUGGCAAACUUGUCAACGUCUUCAAGCAUAAUAACCCCGUGUACGGCUUAUCCAUCGAUCCAAAAUGUGAUAGUAUUUUUGCUACGGCUUGUGAAGAUGGUCAAAUUUUGGUGUUUGACCAACGUGUUGACACGGCUGAUCCUUUAGUUGUGGCUCAACAGCACACUUCAUUUCAUGCAGUGGAAUUUCAUCCUGCCGGUGGAAAUUUUUUGGUUACUGCUAAUUCCAAGAGAGGUGCUGCCUUCUGGGAUAUACGUAAACCGCAUCAUCCUGUUAUACAAUAUGGAGGUCAUGUCGACGAUCCGCCGAGUUGCAUGAGUGUACGUUUUAAUUCUAAUGGAAGUCUGAUAUUGGCGCUGCGACGUCGUUUACCUCCCAUCCUUUAUAAUACACAAUCGCCAGAACCCGUGUGUACAUUUUAUCAUGGAAACUAUUAUAAUUCUUGCACCAUGAAAAGCUGUACAUUUGCAGGGGAAAAUGAUGAAUUUGUGUUAUCUGGCUCAGAUGACUUCAAUCUCUAUGUGUGGCGUGUAUCUGAUGUGAAUUUGGAGCGGACUGAUCAGUGGGUGGAGAACACACAAAUGGUUUUAUAUGGGCAUCGGUCUAUUGUAAAUCAAGUGCGUUACAACCGACAAAAAUGUCUGAUGGCCUCUUCCGGCGUUGAAAAGAUUGUGAAGCUUUGGAGUCCGUUUACGCAGAAGGAUUGGUCAGGUUCAUUGUUGGACGAAGCUUCUUGUCCCGAAAAUCCGAGAGAACUGUAUUCACCUUACAAUUUCACUUCAAUGUCCACAUCUCCUCACAGCUGGUCGCAUAUGUCACAUGACUAUAGCAGUCGCAAUACGAACGAAGAUCCACGUAUGAUGGCAUUCUUUGAUUCACUUAUCCAACAGGAAAUAGAGGGUUGGGAUACGGAUAGUUCAACAGACUCAUCACAUGGUUCAGAGGGCACUCAUUCAUGCUCAAGCUCAAAUGAUAGUUCAGAUAGUAGUCAAGACGAUGAAAGCGACGACGACGACGAUGAUGAUGGUGACGACGGUGGAGAUGGUGUUACUAUUGCCGUUAAUGUAGGCGGGAAUGAUGAGGUCGCAGGACCCGCAGAAGAAAUUGUAAUGGAAAGAAGCAAUGGUACAAUGCGUGAGCGUUCCACAAAACAUACCAAGCGACGAUUCGCAAGGCGAAGAGAACUUAAACGCCGCAAAUCGAAUUUCAGUAAAAAGGCUAAGCCUCAGCGACAUGCCUUUGCCAAUCGCAUCGCUUACUUAAUUGCCACAAAACGCAGCCGGUUACGACGUUUAGCAAUAAAAGGAGCCUCCUUGGCCAAUAGACGACCUUAUAAAAUUGUGAAAGUGCGUGACAAUAGCUCUGGAAAAUGUGAAGCAAGCUGCAGUAAAGCAAUGCGAACACGCGCACAUGUUAAGCGCCACCAAGCAUCUCACCGCCACGGUCUUAGUUAUUCACGCAGGGUCAAUCUAACUACUGACACUGAUUCAACAAAUGUUGCCAUUGCGUCUACCUCAAAUGCAGCGGCGAUGAAUAAUACCUCAUCAGCAGCAACAGCGUUAACCAAGGGAGCAGUAAGCAAUCACCGUUAUCAGCGCAGAAAAUAUAAAAAGCAUUGUAUCUAUGAUACAUCCUCAGACGAUGGUAGAGAACCCACAACAGUUAUUUCAGCUAUUUCAAGUAACGCUCCUAGUACAAGCACUGGCAUAACGACAACUUUGAAGGAUGACAUCAUUCGAUUACGACAGCAUCAACAGAACAUUAUCGACUCUGACGAAUACGAGGAUGAUGAUGAACCAUCGUCUACUUCAUCAGCGCGACAUCGACGCGGUCAAAUCGAUGUCGAAGUCGAGGUGGAUCCUACUGUACAACCGACAAAAAAGUUAAAUGGUGUGCGACGCAUUAACGACGCCGUCGUCACGGAGCGUGGCAAUCGCAACGAGCCAAGUAUAAAUUCAGAACGUCUCAUCAGCUUUAGGGUAGAACGUGUGACCAGUGAGCAGUCUCCAACUCACUCCAACUCUAGGUUUCAAAUUGGCACCGAAAAUGCGCAAAUUUUAUCCAGCGACUCAUCUUCCACAACACCACUUACAAAUAGUGUCGUGUCUGAUGCAGCAGAAGCAACACAACUACCUCAAACAGAAGGCGCAGAGUCGAUAUUCAACGUUUGCACCGUUAGUGACAGCAGCGUCAAUCACAACAGCAAUAGUAAUAAUAUUAACAGUAGUGGAAGCAGCAUUAGUCACAUUAUCAUCCCAAAUCGGCGGCGCCGCGCACACUUGGCCCUUUCGGACAACUAUUCGAGCCACUCGAAUUCCAGACUUUCAAACAGCAGUUUCCCAGACGAUGUUGUCGAAUCGUCAGCCUCGUCUUUAUGCUUUGUCAGUGAUAUAGUUCCUGAUGCCAACGAAAACGUUGUGAGUGGCUCUAACGGCGAAACUUGUGGCAAUGAUAAUAGGCACACCACAAACAUCUAUUCGACGCCUUUGAAACGCCGAAGAAUUUCAAUUUUGCGGGCCCACGAUGCCGAGGUGGGCUCUGAUCGCGACGUCGAUACCAAAUGGAAUCAACAGAACAAUAACAAUGAGGCUCAUAAUGACCAUGACUAUCCGAUUAGCAGUAACAGAAUUAUCAGUGAUGCCAAUAGCAACAACAACUUUCAUCGCGAUGCGCUUGAAAGAAAUGGUAUAUCUGAAAAUGGCGAAGCAUCAGAGAUAGCUGAAUCCUCACAAAAGGCACACCACAAUAGCAUUAGCAAUGGCAACAAUAGCGAUAACAAUGCUAGUCACCACAAUUACGAACUGAACUUUGAGCAAAAUAUACUUGGAAUGCAUGAUCAGAAUGACACUUUGUUGCUGCGUACACCAGACAGCGGCAUCAGUAUAGGUGCCACCGUGACACCUAGCCAAGUGAGCACGAUCUGUCCCAGCUCUAGUGAUUCCACAACUAGUCUGUGGCAUCGCAGUAGUGGCAUCUCCGGCAGUGAAGGGCGCCCAACACCGAACAACAAUAGUGGAACCGGUGCCAAUCAUCGUUUGUUACCACUUAAUAAUGAAAAUGCGAAUACACCAAUGGGACUGUUCCAGCAGAAAGUGGCACGUGUGCGGCGCAAUUAUCGGAAAAAAUUUACUGAAGACUCUGAUGAGAGUGAUUAAAUGCAACUGAGAUAAAAACUAUUGAGGUAAAUUAUUAAUAAAAUGGAAUCGGAGAGAUUAAACGAAAAUUAAAAAAAGCUCCAAUAAAUUCUUAGGCUAAGAGUAGCCUUUUUGUUUCAUUGGCGGUUCGCAAGCAGCGUCCACUUUUUCCAGGUACGCACAGGUCGUGCGAGUUUAAGUAAGGCUAAUUACUCCAUACUUUGGCUGUAGAUACUUCAGCAACUGAUGAAUAUUUACUUACACAUAAUACAUAUUACAUAAGAACAAUUCAAAAUUUAUGACAUUUUCUGUGAAUACCUAAAAAUAUACAAGCCUAAAUAAUACAUACAUACAUACAUCCAUUGAACAUUAAUGAAAGCGUAAUUAUAUCAAUAAAAUAAAAUUGAAAAC